AUGGUGUCCCCACCCAUCGACAUUCCCUUCGUUCGCACCCCAGAUUCAAGAUUUCAGAACCUCCCUGACUUUCCAUAUCAACCUCAAUAUCUCCAAUAUGGCCACCUACGCAUGGCGUACAUCGACGAAUGGUCCCCGUCUUAUAGAGGUCUGAAAGCUGAGACUGAGACCUUCCUGCUCCUUCACGGCGAACCGACUUGGUCUUUUCUCUACCGGAAAAUGAUACCCAUCUUUCUACACCACACCACGAAAUCCCACGCACAACCACGAUGUCGCCGAGUCAUCUGUCCUGACCUUCUUGGUUUCGGCCGUAGUGACAAGCCCGUCCGAGACCAAGACUACACUUUCGGGCUCCACCGCUCCUCACUCCUGCACCUGAUUCAAUCGCUGGAUCUCACUAACAUUACACUGGUCGUUCAAGACUGGGGCGGCCUGCUCGGAUUGACAUUGCCCAUCGUUCACCCGAGCCGCUUCAAGCGGGUUCUAGCCAUGAACACCAUGCUUGCCACGGGCGGGAAACCGACACCCGGUUUCGUCGCCUGGCGUGCUUGGACCAACAAGAACCCAGAUAUGGAAGUCGGGAAGUUAUUGGGACGCUCGUGUCCGCAUCUCAGUGCCGCUGAACGACGAGCAUAUGAUGCUCCCUUCCCAGGGCGGGAAUUCAAGGCUGGAGUAAGGCGAUUUCCGAACAUGGUCAUGGUCAGUGACGGUGGGAAAGAAGGGCUUGAGUUAUCUAAGGCAAGCCUGGAGUUGUUUCGUAGUGGUGGCAUAUUUCAGAAACCAGAAGAUGUCUUUGUGGUAUGUGGGAUGAAGGAUCCGGUCUUAGGACCACCGGUCAUGGAGGAAAUGGCGCGGAUAUGGGGGAAUGGUUGCGUCUAUGUGGAAAUCCAGGAUGCGGGCCAUUUUGUGCAGGAAUGGGGAGAACAGGUGGCGAAGAUGGCAAUGGUCGUUUUUGACGGAACAGAAAUUGAGAACGUUCGCAGGAUUGUCCCUGGAGGGAGGCUUUGA